AUUUGCUACAAACAAGUUUUGUCAGUGAUUUCUUUACAACUCUCUAACUUAACGUUUAAGUUAUUUCUGUAUUUCUUACUACUUUAUUUAAACGACAUGCUAGGUUUGUGCUUUUUGUUAUUUCCUCACCGUUUGACUUCUCUCUAUCUAGCCUCAGUUAAAGCAACGUUACAGCAAGGUUUCUGUGUCGUCAAAUGAAGCCAUUUACUUUAGCCUGCUAGCUAACCUUCUUUAAUUGAGGCUGUGGCAGUUAGCAAUGACUUCUGAACGGGAGCAGGGUGCACACUCUGGACUGGAGGCUGUGAUUCAGAAGUUGGAAGAGUCUCUGCUACACUCUGAUGGAUGUUCAGGACAGAGGGGUCUGACACUUGGAACUCAUGGACAGGAGUCCGGUGUCACUGCUACGCCUGUCUCCACCUACAUCCGCCAGAUCAUUACCCGCAACCUGGCAGAGCAGCCAGCCGGUGAGAGCGGUGAGGUCAGCGCGCUGGAGGACAGCAGGGCCCUGAGGGAGCAGCUCUCCCUGAGCCAGAUGGAGCGUGACCAGCCACGAGUCAAACAGGCCAGUCUCACAGACAGGCUGGAUCAGAUGCUGAUGCUGCAGUCAGCAGUGGACUCAGACCAGGACAGGGGAUCAGCAGAUUCCCUGCUGAUGCAAAACAAGGAGAGAGCUUACAGCCAGAAACUGCAGGCAUACCAGGAGGCCCAGCUGAGACAAGUGGAACUUGUUCAGAAGCUUCAGAUCAAGGUUCUUCAAUACAAGACGAGGUGUGGGAAACUGGAAGAGCAGGUGCUGAAGAAGACCUCAGAGUCCGAGAACAUGAGGCUGUUGCUGCAGGGCCACCUGGACUCAGCCCAGUGUCAGCAGCAGACAGAGCAGGAUCUCAACACGACCAUCCAGAAGAAGUGUGCUCAGCUGGAGGAGGAGCGACAGAGGUGGGCAAGCCUCAGCCAAGUCAACUCUACGCUGCGGGAACAACUGGAUCAGGCCGGCACGGUCAACCAGGCGCUAACAGAGAGCUUGUGGAAGGCUCGUGAAGAUGUUGACUUAAGUGAUUUGCGUCUGCUCAGAGAGCAAGAGACGUGCGCCUCCCGGCUGAGUCGUGAACAGGCUCGUGUCAGAGCACUGUGGCGCCAGGCUGCUUCCCUGCGGAGCACUUUCACCCAGCUAAGGACUUUCACUGACAGGACCCUGUCUGAUAUGCGCAGGGAGUGUGGUGCUGCCAGCCAGCAUCUACAUGUGGCCUGCAUGAGCAUAGAGGCCAGAGUAAAUCAGGAGAGCACCUCUAGUGGUUUGGAGGUGUCAGCUCUGGAGAGCCAGUUGAAGGACAAGCUGAAAGAGGCCAUGCAGCUUCAGGGUCGCUGGGAUACCGAGAAAGUCCAACUUAACUCCAAAAUCUUGGUGCUGACAGACACCGUGAAGCACCUCCGCAGCCAGAACAGUGAGAAGGACUCCAGCCUGAAAACCGUGCAGAUCAGUCUGGACAGGAUGGAGACGAGGAGAACAGAGGAUAAAGCAGAGAUGGAGCUCCUCUACACAGAGACCCAAGCCCACCAGAAGAUGUUAUGUCGUGUUCACCAGGUGUUUGGUGGGGAGGGUGAUGGCAGUGGAUCUGAGAAUGUGUCCUCCUCUCCUCUUCAUGUCCACUCUCCUGUGAGGAACACUACCCUGAUAGCUGUGCAGGGCGCUCUCUCCAAGCACCAGAACCAGACACAGGACUUGCGUGGGCGUCUGGAAGCGGCUCUGGAGCAGGUUGAAACUCUGCAGAAGAAAGACGCUAUGAGGACAGAGCUGGAGCAGAAGGUCCAGGAAGUGAGGAGGGAAAAUCAGGAGGUUAAAACGGCUCUGGAGGAGAGCCUGAGAGACAGCAACAGAUACCGCUGCUCACUUGAGCUCCUCUCCAGUGAGAAGUGCAGCCUGGAGAAGCUGCUCUCUGGGCUGCAGCAGGAGGUGGACUCCCAGCAUGCCGAGCUGGAGGUACUGCGAGGCUCAAUGCUGGAGCUCCAGAGACAGCAGGACCUCCUGAGGCAGCAGAGGGAGGAUCUGGGGAUGCAGCUGGCAUGCAAGCGCACGGAGGCCCAAAGAGGCGAGAGGAGUGUGGAGCAGCUGGAAGGGAAACUCUCAGAGGUACGCAGGGAGAUGGUGACAGUGAAGGAGGCUCUGAGUCAAAUGACCCUGCAGAAGGAGGUGUUAGAGGAUGAUAAGGCCAGCCUGGCUCUGGCUCUCAGCAAGAUGGAGUCCCAGAGUGCUGCACAUGAGUUAGCACUCAUCAAACAUCAGAAUCAGGAGGCUGCCGUUAAAGAUUCUCUGGCCAAAAUGGCUGCCCUGAGUGAGGGGUUAGCCAAGGACAAGGUGGAACUCAAUCGCAUUCUGCUGCAGACAGAAGGUGAGAAGAGGCAGCUUGGUGAACGCAGAAGGGAAGCUGAUACGGAGCGAGCUGCAGCGAGGGAGGAGACGGCACGGGUGCAGCAGGCGAUGAUAAAUCUGCUCGCUGAGAAACAAGCCCUGGAGAGCUCCCACAGCCACAUGCAGGAUCUCUGCCAGAAGCUGGAAGCAGAGCUGAGCCUGCAGCAGAAGGAGAACGCUCAGGCCCAGGAGCAGCACUCACAGGUCAACAGGCGGAUGCAGGAUGUGUGUGAGGAGCUGUGUGCGUGCAGGAAGGAGCUGCAGUCACAGACCGCAGCCCAGAAGAGAGCUAGCCAUGACAGGGAGGAGCUGGCCAAGGACAGGGCGGCUCUGGACGUCAGGCUCAACUCUGCUGACCGAAAGGCCUGUGGUAUUGCACAGGAGAUGGUUGCACUUAGAGCUGAGAAGGAAUCCCUGGAGACAGCUCUGUUCCAGAGCCAGGAGCUUGCCUCCUCUCUGGAGGCUGAGUGCACCAGGAAAGAGGGGGAGAGGCGUAGCUUACUCCUGGCUAAUGAGGCCUUGACGCGUGAUGCUGCUCAGAUGCGCGAAGAUGGUGAACAACGGGUUGAACAAGCUGUAAAAGCGCAGAGUGAACUGGAGGAGAAGCUGGCCCAAGUGAAAAGGAAGACCCUGCUGACCCUGAGCCACAAAGAGCAAAUUCACAGAGAGCAGCUUGAAGCUGAACGCAAGAUUAAGGAGCAACAGUAUGCAGAGCUGACAGUUGAGAGGGAGCAGGCUGAGGAGAAGCUGCGCAGACAGUGUGAGGAGCAGCGAGCCCUCAGCCAGAAGGAGCUGCAGCAGGUGCAGGAGGAAGUGGCCAGGCAGCAGCAUGACUUCAACCAAAGCCUCCUGCAGGCUGAGAGUGAGAAGCAAGAGGUUUUGUCCCAGAAGGAGGCAGAAAAGGCCGUCCUGACAGAGCAGCUAGCAGCCCUGCAGCAGGAGCUAGCCACAGCAUGCAUGGAGCUGGAGUGCAUGCAGAGGGAGGCACGCAGCAAACAUGAGCAGGAUAAGAAUGCUACGGCUGUCCUCCAGUCUGAGCUGCAUGAUUUGAGGUCUCAAUUUGAGGAGUCUUUGAACGCCCAUGAAAAUGCUAAGAAGAGUCUCAUUGAGCAGGUCAAAGAGUUAUACCAGCUGAGAGAACAUACACAGCAGGAGUUGGAGACCCUUCGCUGGCAGCUGCAGGAGGGAGAGGAUGCACUUAUUAAAGCACAGACUGAGCUGAUUGAGGCUCACAGACAGCUCCAGGAGUGUGCACAGGAACGGGACAAGCAACGGAGAGAUGCUCUGGACCUGAGAAGGCUCAUGGGAGACGAGACCAGAGAGAAAGAGGCUAUACAAGCCUCUAACCAGGAGCUGAGAGCUUUCAUCAAGAGAGCAGAGAGUGACAACAACAGCUUGAGACGAGCUUUGGAGGAGAGGGAUCAGAAAGUGUCUGUCUCAGAGGAAUGUCGGAGUUCCAUGCACCAAGAGUUAACCACUCUACGGAGCAGUCUGAGGGAGCUGGAGAAGUCCCGCCUGCGAGCACGCCGAGACCUGCAGGAGCUGCGCAGACAGGUUAAAGUCCUUAAAUGCGAGGACAGCCGUCAGAAACAGGAGCUGCGAGAGCUGCAGGCCCUAAUGAGUCAGGAGGAGCAGGAGGAGGAGGAGGCUCGGAGCGAGGCUUUCUCUCUAAGGCAGAAAGUGCUGGAGUGUGAGGCUGGCAGAGAAGCAGCGCUGAAUGAGGUCUCAGGUCUGCAGCGCCGUGUGUUGCAACUGGAGACAUCGGAGCAUCAGAACCGGGGGCUGCUGCAGGACAGAGAAGCUCAUCAGCAGCAGAGUGACCGCAGGCACAGAGAAACCACCGCCCAGCUAGAGGAAAACCUGGAAGAUGCCAGGAACAAGGUAACGGAACUCUCUGCGCAGGUUGGCUUUGCUGAAAGCAGGGUCCACGGCCUGGAGGAGCAGCUGGGCCUGGCCGAUGCCAAACGCAGGGACCUGGAGCUGAGGUUGGCGGGGGUGUAUUCAGCUCUGCGCCGCACUUUUGGCGCUAGCCAAAAAAUUCUUUCAGGCACACCUGGGUCCCGUAGACGGUCUUCCUCUCCCUGGAGGAAACACCUGCAAGGGAAAGGCGGUGAGACCGAUGGAUCGGUGCUGUCUUUGUCCCAUGGUGUCGAUGAAGAGCUGGACAUUGACUCAGUGCAUUCAGUCCUGAGGGAUUUCAAGCAGGAACUCAGGGACACCCAAAGAGACAGGGAUGAAGCCUGGGCUCAAAUUGUUGGUCUAAGUCAGCAGAUAACAGAGCACUGUGGCAGCCAGGAGAAGUCAGCCACCCAGCUGCUUCAACUUCAGCAUACCUUGAAGCAAUCAGAGCAGGGAAAAAGAGAGAUGUCAGAGUGCUUGCAAGAGACGCAGACAGCCCUUUCCUUGCAGGAAGAAGUAGCAUGUCGCACUGAGAAGGAGAAGAGACACCUUGAAGAGGAGGUUGCUCGAUUCAGGACCGGUCUGCAAGCUGCUGAGGCCCAGUCCAGGGAGCUGCAAGAAAAGCUAGAGCUCUUCCAGGCUUUCGAAUCUCGUGCAAAAGUAGAACAACAGAAUCUAAAGGAGUUUCUUCAAGCAGCAGAGAGCAGGGUGAACCGUCAGGAGCUCUCCCAGCGCACCCUGGAAGGAGAGCUGCAGAGGGCCCAGCUCCGGGCCGCAGAGCUAGAGGCAGAGUCAGGGGCCCUGCAGGACAGACUGACGGAGAGCAGGAGGAAGCUGGGAGAGAGCGAGGACCGCGGUGCCACACUGAGGGUCAGCGAGGAGAGGUUGGUCACAUCGCUGGCUCGCACUGAGCAGCAUGAGAGCCAGCUGAGAGAACAGCUCCACAAACUGUCCAACAGCCUAAGUGACAACAGGAUCAGCAGCGGGGCCCUGCAGGAGCAGAUCUCUCAGCUGCAGAGGGCUCUGACAGCCAGCGAGCAGGACCGGAGGCUGCUGCAGGAUCGUUUGGAUAAAACACGAGAUGCCCUUUCAGAGAGAAAGAGGAUGAACCACACACUUACAGAGCAGAACCAGAGCCUUCGAAGAGCCCAAGAUGACCUAGAGAUCAAAUGUUCUGAGCUGGAGAAGCAUAACAGGGCACUGAAGGAGAGCCUGAAGCAGCAGCAGGAAGCCGAGCUGCAGUCCCAGCAGCUUCAGCACGACAAGCAGGAACUCCAGGACAAGGUCACCGAUCUGCAGAGCUCUCUGCCAAAGCUCCAGAGUGACAGAGCAGAGAUGGAGAGGGUGCUGACGCGCCUUGGUAAAGACAAGUGGGCGCUCAGAAAGACUCUGGAGAGGGUGGAGAUGGAGAGGCUGAGGGUGGAGGAGGAGGCGGCGUCUGCUGCCAGAGAGAAGGAGCAGCUGGGACAGGCAGUCGAUAGCCUGGAACAGGAGCUGGCUGAGAGGCAGGCAGAGGUGCAGACAGUGCAGGCUCAAGUGUCCCAGUUGGAGCACUCUCAUGCACAGCGCCUCCUGGAGGUGACAGCCCACCAUCACCAGGAGCUGGAUUUGGAGACGGAUCGUCUGAGAGACACUCAGCUUCAAGCAGAGCAGGCCUUGGAGAACAGAGAGAAGGCUCAUCGACAGAGGGUGAAAUGCUUAGAAGAACAGGUGCUGACUCUCAAAGAGCAGCUAGAUCAGGAGACAAGAAGACGACAGGCCUAUUUUAACCAGAUGCUGCAGCCCGGUGUGUAGAGAGAGCCUGCAGGGAAGUAUGUAGCACCUCUGGCUUCCUCAUUCACUGUUCCUCUGGCAGCUUCCCAACAACAGUAUGUAACGAGCUAUGUCCACAUUUGGAAACACACGCGCACACAAACACUCUCCUGAGGCGUUUGGUCCCACCCAUGCACAUGUGCACACCGGAUUACAUUAAUCUGCAGGCAAACUCAACAACAACAAACAAUGAAUGUUUUGUUUAGAAGUGAACUGGAUGUGCCAAAUUGUUUUAAGGAUUUCCUCUGGGUUGCUGCAGUUGGCGUUUCUGUUUAUGCCGUGUCAUUCUUUUGUGGAAACAAGGUGAUGAAAAGUAUCCUUAGUUGCUGCUUCAUACUCUGAUGAUUGUUCCUAUACUCAAUAUGUCAAAAUCACUGUUAGUGUAUACUCAUGAGAAUAUAGAUUCAAAUAUGAACAAUAGUUGCAUAUUCCCCUGCUGUGAUGAGUUAGUCUUUCAGGCAAACAUUUAUUUUAUGUUCAUGUAUUUGACUCAACCAAUGAUAAUGUGCCAAAGCUGUGAUUGUUAUUAAAACACUGAGUGUGUCAGAGCAGAGUUAUACAAUAUUAUUUUCACAAAGGUUGUUGAUAAUUGAUUAUGUUUUUCUUCCGGCCACACAACUUGUUUUGGAAAAACUUUUCUCUGUGAACUUUGGGAAGGACAGCACUGCCCUUUCAUGGCGUGUGAGUUCUGGCGUUUGGUUGCACCAUUAAAAGCUUUUGUGGAUUUAGUGUCGUUGGUGAGAGAAUGACCUUUGCUCUCUGUCUCCACUGCUGUCUCCAGUGUUUUCUUCCAAACAUUGUUGCAGGACUCAAAGUUUGCCUGCUAUAUCAGCUAUAUGUCUGUAAUCCUUUUUCAAU